AUUGUUGACUAUUAGCUGGAAAACGAGAUAAAAAAAUUAAUUUUAUAUAUAAAUAGAAUAUGUAGUUCUGGUGUCGACUUGCACAGAAACCUAUACUAGCACCAAAAAUAACGUGAACCACCAGCUCCCAAAUGAAACGUAUACUAAUUUUAUUAAUUGGUACAUUGGCAGUUUUCGCAGGAUUGACCUCAUCAUCAGACUCCUACAAAUUUGAGGAAAAUUACGAUUUAUACGCCAGUAAUGAAUCGUACCAAAUAGUAUCGGGAAAUUGUACUAAUUCAAGUGAGAACUUUGUAGUAUUUCGAGAUUACAUUCAUAAGACAAGUUAUCCUUUCAUCACCAGGAAUGCCACUUCAUCGUGGAGCGGCAACAGAAAAAUUUUCUGCCUCAAGGCCAUCAAUCUAAAGAAUCAACAGAAAGGGGGAACGGUGUUCGUAAAAUACGGAGGUGUCAAUUACACCUUCGUGACGUUGGAGAUGCACUCGUUUACAGGCCACGGAAUCGAAUUUAAUGUAACAGUGUACGCUAGAUAGACAUAAUUUUUGUAGUGUAAAAACCAUGUGUAUAUUAUGAAUAAAACCCA